AUGGCCCCUGCACCCACUCUCCUGGGUGCCCAGCAGGCAAAGGUGCUGGAGGACAUGCUGUGGGAGCAGUCUGAGCCGCUGCCCUAGCUGGCCACCAUCUGCCAGUUCAAGUGGUUACCCCAACUGGUGCUGGAGCAGGAGCACGUGGCCAACACCAAAGAGUAUGAGUGGAUAAAAAAUCUGAACUUUGGUUUUGCCAAACUGAAGGCACUUGUGCUAUUUCUUCCCCAGAGCAGGAAGCACAGCAAAGCUGAUAUCCUUAAAGGUGCAACUGAAUACAUGUAAGUUCCCAGUGAUAUUUUCAAAAGAGCCAAAGACUCAGAAGAAAAUCCAGAUCACCAGAACUAUAGCAACAAUACUUCUGAACCACAUAUAUCCUUGGCUAGAAAUCUAUCGAGAAACAACACCCAAUAUGCCAGCUGUAUUGUGGGCUUGAAGAAUGAGGAGGAAAGGCCCGGGGCAGAUGGUAGCAGUGGUGAGUCAGCAUACACUAGUCGCCAGAGCAUGAUGUCUAGGACUGGAGAGAUCACCCCAACCGGGAGUCUGGACAGAUUCUUAGAAGUGGAUGUCCUGAGUCACAGGCUUCCCCAAGUAUGCGAAGUGAAAAGGCCAGACCAGGCCUACCUCCUAGAGACACAUGCAGUCUUGAAAGUUUAA